CCUCGGUCCAAGUGGUCCAAACCAUAAAAGUUUUGUUCGUUAUUAGCAGUACCUACCGAUARUAAAAUAAUUACCUAUAUCCGUUUUUAUUCGCGUCCAAUUUACGAGACAAACGAACGACUCGUUUAACAACAACUCAUCGGCAACUAUAUACAUCGUACAAAAUGGCAUUUUGCAAAUUAACGUUUUGUUUUGCCUUGCUCAUUGUGUCGGUCUUCGCCGAAAAGGAUGCACCGAAAACGGCCACCGAAAACGAGAGGGUGAAGAAAGCUGUAAUAAUCCCACCACCUGCUUCAGUGGCUGCCGCUUACGGAUACUACGGCAGUCCUUACGGCAGUUUGUACGGCAGUCCAUAUAACACAUUGUACGGCAGCCCUUACGGCCAAGCUUACGGUUAUCCAUACGGAUCGCACCAGGGAAAGUACGAUGACGGCAAGUACCACCAUCAUGCGGCCAAGUACGAUGACGGCAAGUACCACCAUCACGUUGGCAAGUACGACGACGGCAAGUACCACGCUGGCAAGUACGACAAGGCGACGGUGGCCACAGCAGUGUACAGCAAGCCCUAUUCAACCGGACACGACGGGUACAACUACGGUUACAACGGUUACAACGGUUACAACGGUUACAACGGUUACAACGGCUACAACGGUUACAACGGUUACAACAACGGAUACAACUAUGGUUACAACGGCGUAUAUCCGUACGCUCAGUAUCCGUACAACAUCCAAUACUACAACAACCACCAUCAAACUUCGUACCCGUACGUCUACUAGACCGACCUCUUCAUCCGGACGAUUUAGUUUCGACAGUUUUUUUUUCUUCGAUUCCACAAAACAGCAGUCUAUUGUUACCAAGGCGCAUAAUAAUAUUAUACCUACUCUUAUAUUAUAAUGAUUAUUCUCUGUACGAUUUGCUUUAUAAAUGAAAUAGAGUUUAUUUUAUUUAUAUAAUUAAUAAUAAUAAUAAUAUUGUACUUAAUGAUAAUAUUACGCGUAUGGCGUAUUGUGUCGAAACUUGGAUUAUGUAUGCCGUCAGAUUUCAACACGAAUAAACGUUUCAGACAUUUA